CCCUCCAUAUCAGGUGAUUCAGGUGUUCCAAUCCCCUCCAUAUCAUGUGAUUCAGGUGUUCCAAUCCCCUCCAUAUCAUGUGAUUCAGGGGUUCCAAUCCCCUCCAUAUCAUGUGAUUCAGGUGUUCCAAUCCCCUCCAUAUCAUGUGAUUCAGGUGUUCCAAUCCCUUCCAAAUCAUGUGAUUCAGGUGUUCCAAUCCCCUCCAUAUCAUGUGAUUCAGGUGUUCCCAUCCCCUCCAUAUCAUGUGAUUCAGGUGUUCCAAUCCCCUCCAUAUCAUGUGAUUCAGGUGUUUCCCCAUCCCCUCCAUAUCAUGUGAUUCAGGUGUUCCAAUCCCCUCCAUGACCACAGGUGUAUACAAUCCAUCCCCUAGGCAUG